GUUCCAAAUGCACGAUAUGAUGAGACUGGAGUCGUAUGCGAAGAACAUGGUAGAUUACCACGUGUGCAUGGAUCUACUGCCCACCAUUGCCCGUGCCUUCCUUCUUGAUCGUAUUCCCGUUAACCUCUCCAUCAUACAGACGGCUCUGUUAGUGGCAGUAGGGCUUCAACACCGAUCAAUCGACGAAUUGUCUAUUGAGCUAGGCCUGCCGGCCACCCAACUCUUAGCCUUAUUCAACAGGGCCAUGCGCAAGAUAGUCGAGUUCUUCCGAACUGUUGAGGAACAGCACACCGGCAGUCUGUUGCCCUCGCAGAAUAGUGCGCCUAUAAUGACAGCCAGGGCUACUACCGUGGACCAGGAGCUGGAUGAAGCGGCUAAGGAGGUGAAUGAGGACCUGAAGCGGAAACAGGACGAAUUGAUUAGUUCUCUGUCGCUCGAGGAGUAUACGGUGGAUGCGAAUGUGAUGGCGUUUGACGAUGCGUUGAAGAGCGGCAAGGCGCCCUCAACAAUCAGUGUUAAAUCCGGUAAAAGACCUGCAGACGACAAACCGAGCAAGAAAGCGAGUGACAAAAAAUCAAAGACUUCGGAUAAGCACAAAGGGAAGAAAAACAAAAAGCAGAAAACCUGAAUUGCGAAUAUAGGAACCGCAUACGUGAAAUGUACCUUUAUAAUGAUGUAAAUAAAUAUAGUAGACA